AUCAUCAAAAAAUCAUUGAGUGCAGUUGCAGUUGCAGCUGGUUCGUUAAAAGAGCAAGAUUAAGUAAAGAUUAAAUAAAUUUACUCAAGUGUUAGCUAAAAUAUAAUACACACAAUGCGUAACGCGGGCCUUUUGGCCAUUUUGGCUGUGUUUGUUUGCGGCGUUUGCGUUUCCUCAACGCCAAUUGCUGAGCAGCCGCUUGUUGGUGCCAGCAAGUGCACCUGGGGCCCCUCCUAUUGGUGUGAGAAUUUCAGCAAUUCCAAGGACUGUAGAGCGACCCGUCAUUGUAUCCAAACUGUGUGGGAAAAGCGCGAUGUGCCCGAGGACAAGGACUCCAUCUGUGACAUAUGUAAGAAAAUGGUAAAUGAGGCACGUGAUCAGCUGCGAAGCAAUGAGACCGAGGAGGAAAUUAAACAGGUCUUGGAGGGAUCCUGCAAGCUGAUUCCCGUCAAGCUGGUGCAGAAGGAGUGCAUCACACUGGCCGACAACUUUAUUCCCGAGCUGAUUGAAGCCUUGUCCUCGCAAAUGAAUCCCGAUCAAGUUUGCUCAGUCGCCGGUUUGUGCAACAGCGCCAGAAUUGAUGAGCUGAUGCAUCGUGCUUAUCAGGGUGCACUUGAUGGCACUAUCAAAAAAGAGGAUGUCGUCAUGGAAGAGAAGAUCGAAAGUAAACCAACUGAUCUGACCCAAUUGUCCUGUGGCAACUGCAAUCUGCUCACGCGCAAGAUGCAGCAAACGUUCGAGGCAACCAAUCGGGAUAAUAUGGUCGAGCAGCUGUUGCACGUUUGUGGAAGCAUGUCCAGCUUCUCAGAUGCCUGUGCCAACUUGGUGUUGACCUAUUUCAAUGAUAUGUACGAUCAUGUCAAGCAGCAUCUGCAGACGAAUGGACUUUGUGAUCUGUCCGGUGUGUGCUCAGCCCGUUUCCAUCAGCACGAGGAUGAUGUUAAGGAGCCACAAGGAUUGACCACUCUUGAAGGUGUCAGCGAUGAUAUUCCAUGUGCUCUGUGCGAACAGCUGGUGAAGCAUUUGCGUGACGUGCUGGUGGCCAAUACAACUGAGUCGGAGUUCAAACAGGUCUUGGAGGGAUUCUGCAAGCAAUCUCGUGGCUUUAAGGAUGAGUGCAUCAGCAUUGUGGAACAGUAUUAUCAUGUCAUCUACAGCACUCUGGUGAACAAUCUGGAUGCCAACGGCACUUGCUUCCUUAUCGGCGUUUGUCCGAAAGGUCUGGACCUAAACAUCGAUGCUCCAAUUAUGCCCUUGUUGCCGGUGAUUGCACCUGCCGAGGUUGUUAUUACCAUAAAGAAACUGGGCGACAAUGAGCCCAAGUAUAGCCAACAGGAAAUCCGUGACAAGCAGCUUCCAAUUGAUCAUUUGAUGGGCGCAGCGAAUCCCAGUGAGUUGGUGGAGGGUGGUGAACUCUGUACCCUUUGCGAAUACAUGCUGCACUUCAUCCAGGAGUCGCUGGCCACGCCUGCUACCGAUGAUGAGAUCAAGCACGCUGUGGAGGGCGUCUGCACGAAGCUGCCACAUGGAGUUGCCACACAAUGCCGCAACUUUGUGGAAAUGUAUGGCGAUGCAGUCAUAGCACUGCUCAUCCAAGGAUUGAACCCACGCAGCGUUUGUCCCAUGAUGCAAAUGUGUCCCCGUAACAUUGAGAAGCAAGAGGACAUUGAAGUAUUCCAUCCGGGGACUCUAAACAAUGGGGACCAAGAUAAACCCACUUGCCCACUGUGUUUGUUUGCCGUGGAGCAGGCUCAGAUCAAGAUCCGUGACAACAAGUCCAAGGAUAAUAUCAAGAAGGUUCUCGACGGUCUCUGCUCGCAUCUGCCAAGCAAGCUGCGUGUCGAGUGUGUGGACUUCGUGGAAACCUACUCCAAUGAAUUGGUGGACAUGCUCAUCACAGACUUCAAGCCCGAGGAGAUUUGCGUGCAACUGAAACUGUGCCCCAAGACAAAGGACUAUUUGGAUGAAAUGGGCAUUACCCUCAUCGAAAGCGACGAGAACGACAAAUCAUCCAGCAGCGAGGAAAUCGAAGGAAACGAAAUCGAGUCCAACGAAAAAUUGCAACUGCCUUUUGAGGUGGUUUUCGACAAAGACUUUGGCGUUUCGCCCAACUGUUUGCUCUGCGAGGAGGUGGUCAAGACUGUAGAGAAGAAGAUUGGAAAGCAUGCAACCAAGGCCGAAAUCAAGGAUGCACUAGAGCACAGCUGCGACAAGUUUAAGAAGCCAAUGGCCAACAAGUGCCACAAAUUCAUUGACAAACACGGCGAUCAGAUUGCCGAGUUUCUGCUAAAAGAAAUGUCCCCGAAAUUGAUAUGCGCUGAGCUUGGAAUGUGCCUUUUCAACGAGCAGGAGGAUCUUGAAGUCGAUGAAGCCUUGAAGUACGAUGUCAUUGUGCUGCCCAAGUUCCAAGACGAUAAACUGGAGCGUCUGGAAUCCCCAAAAGUCGAUGAUCCACCAAGUUGUGUGCUUUGCGAGUUUGUUAUGACCAAGCUGGAAGCCGAGCUGAAGAACAAAACCGAACAGGAUGAAAUCAAGAAGGCCCUUCGCAAUAUUUGCGAUCACCUGCCGAAAACAGUUCGCAAGCAGUGUGAUACAUUUGUAGAUGGUUAUGCCGCGGCCAUUAUCACUCUGAUGAGCAGUUUGCCGCCCAAGGAAAUAUGUCAGAAACUGCAGCUUUGCUUGAGUGAGGUGGUCAACGAUGAAGUCAUUGAAUGUGGCGUCUGUCAUGGCGUUUCCCAAGUUCUGUUGCCUUUCUUCCGUUCGCAGAAGGAGCACGAUAAUGUCAGUACACAGGACAUGACCAACUUGGCCUGCGAGAACUUGCCAGCCAAGUACUACAACAUUUGCUCGGAAAUGAUCUCCAUUUAUGGCAUCAGCAUCCUGCGCCUGUCUGAGCGCUCCUACAUGGAUCAAUCGCACAUCUGUGCCGAGAUUGGCAAAUGCUUCGACAAUGAGAAGUCCGCUUUGGCCUUUGCCAGAAUUUCAGCUUAAAAUGCAGCAGUGAUAUAAAAACAAAUUCACAAUUGCAUUGUGAUGUGUGUCGCAAUUGGCGCCAUGAUUUAUAUAUAUACAUAUACUAUAAUCUUUACUUAUCUGUUUACAUUCUGUAAUCCAUUGUGACUGUAAAUGAUCGAAAACUAGCUACUUACUUUUCUGCACUUUUGUUUAUAUACGAUUCCUUUUAUUGUUCGCUGAAUUCGAUGAUCGAAAUGUGGUAAUAGCUUAAAUGAGAAUGAAACUGAUUGAUUUCUGUGUACGCGAAAUGGGCAUCGCAAUUAAACAUAAACUGUAAUUUUAAAGUAAAUACAAAUAAAAAA